GGUGUUAUAAUUAGGGUUUUUAGAUUACAACUUUGUGUGCUGUGAUAAGUUCGAAUGAUGUAUCUUAUUGGCAUAUUCUCUGAUUGACUCGGCUAUUUCUCUUUGACGACGUGAUGUUUGUUAUGAUCCUCUGAUCAUUUUUCGCAACAGUUGUGUACUACAUUUAUUAUUGAGAAAAUUACACUAAAGGAUAUACUUUUAUAACUUUCAUUUAGUGUCAAAGUUGUCAAAAAGGUAGUUACAUACGAAUGAUUUUUUAAUUAUUAGUAGUAUUCACUUGGCGACCAAAAUCAUGAAAUUUUGGGAAGACCUUCGUGGCACACAAAACUCAGUGGAGAAAAUCACGAGUGGCAACACAAUUUGACAGAUUCAAGGGAAAUGUUGGAUGAGAAUCAUUAUUAUCUAGUACAUGUAUCUCGUUUAUUUAUUAUUAUUGCUUUUGGUCUUGGUACAUAUUUUUAAAGUUUAAAACUUCUUAAUCUUACAAAAGGUAUGCACAACGUGAAUUGUUUUAUAAGAUCGUCUACCCUUUUUUCAAGAGAUUUUCGCACUGAAUCUCACAGCAUACAAAUUGGUACGCAGCAGUAAUCAGAAUGUUAAAUUGAAAAAAAACGUCUAAAUAUGACUCCAGUAGAAAGUUUAAUUAAAUAGGUGUAUUUAAAGUCGUUUAUAUGGAGCAUGGUUGCUGUUAGAUAGUAGAAUGAAACAUUUAACUGAUGAUGCAUGCAUAAGAUGCAAGAACCACAUAAAGUGAUGAUGCAUGCUCAACAUUCUGUGACUACGAUAACCUAAUUAAUGGAAACUCGUUAUAGCGACAUUCAUAAUACGUUCCAUGUUUGUGAUUUUAGUAAGAUAUUUUGAAAAAUGCUAAAUAUAAUUUUAGUAGAAAUUUCAAGAAAAGGUGUUUAAAAUUGUUUAUAUCUGAAAACUCGUUGCUGUUAUAUAGCAGAAUGAAACAUUCAAUUGUAAGCAACUAAAGCUUUUAAAAUCCAUAUUAUGAAGUUACACCAUAUUUACAAGUUAUUGUGUCAAGUUUCAACCUAGUUGAUGAAUUUUAAAAAUUUCAACUGUACAAAGAUCAUAUGAUAUAGAAUGUUAAGAUACAAAAAUAAAAAUUUUGCAUAAAAUUAUAGUAUUAGAAGGGUUAGGAAACGGAAAGCAAGGAGUCCCAUGGAUAAGGGGAACAGUCGGAUAUGUAAGUCAAAAGGAUCCUCCAAAUCAGAGAAAGGUUCCGUAGAACAAUCACCAAAUCGAAAGUACGGAGGAAACGAGGGAUGGGUCCUACACGCAACUUAUAUAAGUGGAAACCUAUUAUUUUAUUACUAUCAUUAGUUUCGCAUUAUUGUUACAGAUUAAUACUAUAAUUUUUUUUUGUCAUUUCUAACUUGUGACUUGUGAGAUAACAACUGUAAGUAAUAAUACACUUAUGUUGCGUCCUUCCUUCCAUACUUCCAGCGUCAGGGGUAUUCUAUUCAUAUUAUGUGGUAUGAUUUUAAAUCUUUCUUUAAAUCCAGUUUGGUGCAUUUUGAUGUUUGGUCGAAGCAAUCACUAAGUCAAGAUAUUUAGCGUCGUGGUUUAUACUAGUUUUGUUGUUGCGGAUUGUGGAUUCAAAUCCAGAUAAUACAUAUAGUUGACCAACAAAAUAAAAUAGAUGUUAUCAAUUAAACUUCUGUUCAGAUUUGAUGUUGUGAUUCAGUAUAUAUUUAUAUUUUUCAUAUGAAAAGAAAAUACUAAUCUGUAUUGAACAGAGAUACUAAGCUGACGACAGAAAAAGUUAUAGCGAAAAGAGAUAACUAAUUAGCUAUCGCAAAUUCAAUUAAUAAGCUUUUAGUCAUUUUGCUUGUCUAUAUGACCACUACAUGCUCUACUUUCUGUUUAACCUUCAGUCUUCAGUUGAAAAAAAAACUAUCAUUGGAAAAAACCCAAACCAAGAAAAAAAAAGCUUUUCAGAUUAGUUUUAUUUUAUUAUUUAAGCUUCUUAUUCUUCUGAUUUCUGGUAAAGUUAGAUAAACAUAUAGAAAAAAUUACCAUAAGUUGCAUAACUUCUAACUUCUGUUGACAAACUUUUAAAAACUAAAUAUUUUAUACGUCAAAACUUUGUAUCUGGCCAUUUACAACAUAUAACUUCCAUGUAAAGUGAUAAGAAGAAACAAAAAAAAAAUGAUGGCUAUAGAGUUAUGAAAAACACGGCAAUAUAUUUGAAUAUAAUAUAAUGGAAAAGACGCGCAUUCAACCAUAUAAUGUCAACCUGUAUUAGCACAACUGUCUAUCUCCACCUUACAAAAUAACAUUAAUAAUAAUCUCUAACUAUAUUUCCCCCGAACAUUCUCUUGUAUAUAUACACUUUACAUCUUCUUGGAUCCUCUCCUAAACAUACCUCCUUUCUAUUGUUCUCUCUAAAGAGUAAGUCUUCGAUCUUUCUUCACGACAUGGGAAACUAUGCUUCUUCCGCUCUAAGCAAAACCUCGUCCUCUUCAUCAACGGCGAGAGUGAUUCUCCCGGACGGUGAAGUCCGUCACAUUCACGAACCAACUAAAGCCGCAGAGCUUAUGAUGGAGAUUCCCAGCUUCUUCCUCGUCGACGCCAAGUCGUUAAAAAUAGGCCGUAAGCUCAACCCUUUAGCCGCCGAUGACGAUCUUGAGCUCAAAGGCUGCCACGUCUACGUAACUUUCCCCAUGACGCGUGCCACGUCAGCAGCAAACGCUUCGGACAUGACUAGGCUAUUCCUAGCCGCCAAGAAACAGCAACGCCGCCGAGUUGGUAACAAAUCUUCCCGUGACGGAACAGCCGUGAAGCAUUGUCACAACGGAAGGGUGUCGCCGGACGGAGAAGUGGGGGACGUUGGGGUGAUAACGGCGGUAUCGAAGCUGAGUUUAGAAGAUAUCGAAGAGUUUUCGGCGGCGGAGUUUAUGCAUAGGAUCUCUAUUUCGAAAUCCAAGAAGCCAAAGUUAGAAACUAUAGAUGAAGAAUCUUUGUGUUAACGUACACAAAAUCAAACAAAAAUGGAAAUUUGAUUUUUUUUGUUUUCCAACGUUAUUUUUCUUUUACGUAUUAUUUUUUGUUCAUCUAUCAUCCUCUCCGCGCAAGUGGUUUUUCUCUUUUGUGGUAUUAAUGAUGAACAUAAAGAGACAUUAGUCGAGAAUGAACAUGUGGAUUUUUAAUUGUUUUGGUUCAGAAUGUGAAUUUAUAGCUACUCCAAUUGUUUUUUUUUAACACUAGCUACUCCAAUUGUUAUCACCAUUAACUUUCCGAAUUA